AUGGAAAACCCUACACAUGAGUGCAUAGAGUUUCAAAUUCCUGUACCAUGGGGUUUUUUGUCUUGCCAAUGGUAUGGAACGCGAAAAGUACGACCAAUACUUGCCCUGCACGGAUGGCAAGACAAUUCUGGCACCUGGAUACCUCUACUACCCUAUCUACCAGGGCACGUUGGCUUAUUUUGUGUUGAAUUUCCUGGUCAUGGCCGAUCUUCUAAAUUGCCCAAAGGUGUAAUACAUCAUAUACUCGAUUACAUCAAUAUCGUAGAACUCAUUGUGAAGACUUUCAAUUGGCAAAAGGUUUCGUUGCUGGGUCACUCUCUUGGUGGGGUGGUAGCUUACAUAUAUGCCACCCUAUUUCCAGAACGAAUCGAUCUAUUGAUACAACUCGACGUGGUCAAGAUGCCCUAUCGAUCUCCUGAAUUUCAGUUAAGGGCCUAUAGAAUCACAAUUGAAAAACAGCUAUUGGAGGAUGAACGAUACGAUGAGGAACCGACCUCGUAUACCUUUGACGAAUUGGUAGAACUUAUUCACCGAGGCUAUAGAAAAUCAGUGAAUAAGGAAAACUGCAAGUAUUUAAUUGAACGCAACUGUAGUAGAUCCUCAAAAGAUCCCAGCAAGCUGUAUUUCUCAACAGAUCCCAGAAUAAAAUACUAUGUCGAAAUUGCCGAUCAACAUGAAUACAAUGCCGACUUCAUCAAACCCCAAAAGAAUUUGAAUAUUUUAAUGAUUAGAGGCACCACCACGAUUUACAUCGAUCAAGAAUCCUUGGAUUUGCUGGAAGUUCUGAAAAAACAAAAUCCCAAUAUGGAGAGCUAUGAAGUGGAAGGCACCCACCAUGUUCACAUGAAUAGCCCCAAAGAGGUGGCUAGGUACAUGAGGCCGUUCAUCUGUAAACAUCGUCCCCCUGAGGAGUCAUCGAGUACAUUUGAUGCCAACGAACAAGAGGAAUGUCUAAAACGAUUUUCCAAAAGUAAACUCUGAUG